UCGGUCAGCUGAUAAAUAAUUGUAUAUACUUCGGUCGAAAAACGUUCUCAUUCCGAGCAAAUUUGUUUUAGCAUUUAUAAACUUGCCUUGAAUGAAAAUAUUAAAAACUUUACUAGUACCGAAAGAAAUGCUGUUAACUCAUCGCUUUAUACCAUUAACACGAUUUAUAAAUUUUCGUUUGUAUGGGAAAAAAUCAAUAAAAUCUAAUAAGAUGAGUGAUAUUUUGUCGGAAAAUCCUCCCAGAAAACCUUGUCAUCAGGAUGUCUUUCGUUAUAUUUAUCCAUUUGCACAUAUAAAUGUCCGUUCUGAUGUUAAAGUGCGGGUGCUAGGUGCGCCCGCGGAUAAAUAUCCUGAACCAAAUGUGUUAAACGCAAUGCUAAUUGGUGGACAUGUUCGAAAUUGCCCUGUUACCAUGCAUGUGGAUGUCAGUGAAGAUGAGAAACUAGUAAAUAUAGCACUAAAGAAAAUAUCGGACUCAGCAGAUUUCUAUUGUGACCUGGAGGUACCCAUGCGCUGCGAUCUACACAUCGAUGCCAAAGACAGUGUGACAGUGCGAAACAUCUGCAGUUCGGAGAUCACUGUGCGAGCGCAAAAGAAUAUAAAAACUAAAGAUUUACAAGCGGACAAUGUCACCCUAGCCAGUAACAGCGGUGAUAUUACAUGUGAAAGUCUCUUACGUGGCCGGUUAACUAUAGUGGAGACCAACGCACUAGGGAAUAUUUCAUUAGACAAGUUGUUAGGCAUUAACUUGAACUGUAAGACAGAAGCUGGUAAUAUCUCAACAAACUCUUGCUAUGUGGAAGAAUCCAAAUUUGUAACAUUAACAGGCUCAUUGCAACUUAAAAAUGUACACAAGAAAAUUGAAGUGGAUGUCCAAAGAAAUGGUGAACUAACAAUGACCGGUGUUAAUGGAAAUCUUACGGUGCGAACUAAUGGUGGAAAAUUAAGCUUACAAAUAUCUGAAUUGACCGGUAAUAGUGUUAUUAAUGCUAAGGAAGUAGAGCAAGCUUUAAUAAACAUUUCUGAGCAAAUAGAAGAACAGUCAAAUAUCGAAGUUACCUCGAGAGCCGUUGUGCUAGACGAUUCUCUUUCUCACUUACAAAGUUGUAUAACCGACGACAACACAAUUUUUCUGCUGAAACCCGAGAAUACAUCGAGUAAUUUGAUUGUUAAUAGUAAUGGGAAAGUUCAACUUGGCAAAUUAUCCUGGAUAGGAUCUGUAUAUGCUCAAUUAAACAAAUCCGAUACCAAAUAAUCUGAAAGAAAUACUCUUCGACAUUAUAAAAAAUUUAAUAUAUGCUGGCAUUUUAAAAUAUUUGCACUUAUAUAGCUUUUGUGGCUUAUUCAAGUAUUUAAUUUAAUGAUCUGAGCGCCCUUAAAAAACCACUUAAGGCUAAAAUAAAAAAUCGGUCUACAGUUAUUAAA